AUGUCGACCUUUCAGCGCGAGCAUGGAGAUGACGCCGACCUUGUGCUGACAUUCAUACUCGGUACCAUCUUGAUGGUCGAGACUGCUCUUAGUUACGAGGACAUACUCUCUGCGAGGUCCAAUCUCCGCGCCUCACUUAAGACUCUGAGAAGAGCCGCUGGCUUCAUGAAACAUAUCAAACAAGGAGAUUGUGCCACCUUGGAAGCUAUACAACCCGGGAUUCUAGGCAAUAUAGAAAGGGAAAUCGAUUCGAACGUGGAGGUACUUCAUGGGCAGCUCACUUCGGCCAGCAACGCCGAGACAUAUGAUUUGCGAGAAAGUUUAAAGAUUUUGCUCUCUAAUGCCCAAGGACGGGUGGAUGACAUUUACAACCGAUUAUUGUUCACCAAGGAUCAGAAUCAAGCGAGUACCUUUCCCCGACACACCCAAGCUCCUCAAGGUAUUCCCGAGAUUCCCUCAUCAUUUCAAGUCCCCUCUGGUUCUAGAGCACAUUCUCGUGUCACUCAGGCAUCACAAGUUUAUUCUGGGUUCAGAGCGCAUUCCAACGUGCCGACUGGAGCUCCAGCUCCGCAAUCGUUCCGCCCAGGCGCGGCCAGAAUGGUUUAG